UGACCCGGAAGCGGAAGUAGUAGUAGCAGCAAGGAUGAAGCUGGCGCCGGCUGGUAGUGACGCCGGGCGGGGAUCGGACCCCGUAUGAGGUGAUCCCGGGCUGUGCGGGUGCAGUGACCCGGACGGGGUUUAGGCUACACCAUGAUCUCCCAGCUCUUCAUCCUGUCCUCCAAAGGAGACCUCCUGAUACACAAAGAUUACCGAGGCUUCUCCGCACACACCAAUGCGUCUGACGGUCUCUAUCAGAAGCUCUCGUCUCUUCCUUCUGACCAGGCCCCUGUGAUAAUGGAACACGAGGGCUCUCACUACAUUCACACCCGUCACCGAGGUCUGUAUUUUGUCAUAAGCAUUUGCGCCACCGACUCCCCGUUUAUGUAUAUCGAUCUUCUAAACAGGCUGGCUGCCCUCAUCAGAGAUUACUGCGGGGAUCUGAGCGAGUCUGUCGUAAAACUCAACUUUGCUCUAAUCUACGAGCUGCUGGACGAGGUCUUAGACUAUGGCUAUGUCCAGACAACCUCCACAGACAUGUUGAAGAACUUCAUACAGUCCGACCCGGUUGUCAGCAAACCGUUCAGCCUCCUGGAUCUGAGCAGCGUGGGGCUGUUCGGAGCGGAGACUCAGCAAAGCAAGGUCGCUCCGAGUUCUGCCUCCAGCCGUCCCGUGCUGUCCUCGCGACACGAGCAGGGGGAGCAAAAUGAGAUCUUCCUGGACGUGGUAGAACGUAUGACAGUGGCCAUUGGUGCAAAUGGCUCGCUACUGAAAACUGACGUCCAGGGUGAAUUACGGCUUAAGAACUUCUACGCAAACUGUCCUGAACUGAGAAUUGGGCUGAGCGAUGAGUUCUGUGUGGGCAGCUCGGAGUUGAGAGGCUACGGCUCUGCGGUUCGGGUGGACAGCUGUCAGUUCCACGAGUCUGUGAAGCUGGACGAGUUUGAGGUCAGCCGGAUCCUGAAGGUUCUCCCGCCCCAGGGAGAGCUUAUAGUGAUGCAGUACCAGAUCGCGGACAGUCUCACCACCGUCCUCCCGUUUCAUCUGUUUCCCAGCCUGGAGAGAGAUCCCGGCAGCAGCCGCCUGAGGAUCUACCUGAAACUGCGUUGUGACCUGAGCCCAAAGAGCCAGGCAAUAAAUGUACGCGUGCAGAUACCUGUGCCAAAGGGAGCUAGCAGUGUAUCUCAGAGUCUGAGCAGCCCAGACCAGAGCGCAGAAAUGUUAUCAAAUGCACAGUCUCUCACAUGGAAUAUUCCACGGAUCCACGGAGGAAGCCAACUUUCUGCUCUAUUCAAGGUGGAUGUGUCUGGAUGUCUCUCCGUGCCUUCUGUCCUGGACCUGCCUCCCCUCAACCUCUCCUUCCAGGUGCCGUCCCUCACAAGUUCUGGCCUCCAGAUCCGAUUUCUCAGGCUCCGUAGCGAGCUCCCAACAAUGAUCCACACGUGGGUCAGAUAUUUAACCCAAAGCGAUUCAUACAGCGUCCGAUUUGGGUAGCCGGAUACAACGGGCGCACGCUCGCUUGGAAGACUUUCACCGUGUCAAAUUCCUAGCAACUCCUAUUGUGCCCUCCGCGUAUGAACUGCGCAGAAGACCUAUUCGGAAUCCUGCUUUGGCUUUAAUAGUAGAUACCAUAUUUAGCUCAGGUCAGUGUUUCCCUAUCCAAACUUGAAGAACCACCAACAGCUCAUGUGCAUGAAUAAAGAUUGAUUAAACAUUUGUGGAAACAA